UUUAGAGCUCCGUUACUGUGGCAACAUUAGAUGGAGGGGUAGACACUCCUCCUCCCGUCUAAGCGCAUUCUGCCUGAUGGCUUUUGCGCAAUUACUCCGCCUAAUAAACGGCUUUUGGCGGGUUUCUGUCUUGUAGAGCAGCUUUAGUGAUGACCGGGUCCCCCUGCGAGGCUCCGUUAUGACAGGCUAGCAUCAGCAUCCUCCCUGACCAAUAGGAACAAACGCGCUGCUGGUCAGAGACGCAGAGAGGACUUUCACCUCUAAAAUAACCCGAAAGCUGUGACGUGUCCUCAGAAUCCAGCCAGCUCCUCUCAUAAUCAUCUCCUGCUGAGGUCUAGGAGCAGCAGCGCUUCCUGUGUCAUCACCAGAUGAUGUGUGGUGCCACGCGGUGGUGCUUCUGGUUCUUCUGAUCCAGAAAGCUGCAUGCUCUAAGUGCAGAAGGUCCCGUUCACCAGAGAUGAGGUCAGUUAGGUGCAGCAGAAGACUCGCGCACACGCGGAACACGGUAGACCUGACACCGGUCAGGCUCGUCUCACGUGUUCAUGUGCCAUCAAGAGUUUUGGUCAGAAGGGGCUCGACUCUUCUUCCUGUUGGACCACCGCUGGUCUCAUCUGGUCUGGACCCAUGACCCUGACACGAGGAUCCUUCACCUACUCCAACGGGGAGGAGUACCACGGGGAGUGGAAGGAAGGCAAGACUCACCUGCUCCACCCAUCAUCCUCCAUCACUCACUGCAUUUGUCUGCGCCACGGCCUGGGACAGCUGACCUUCAGUGACGGGACUUGCUACCUGGGACAGUUUGAGAAUGGCCUCUUUAACGGCUGUGGUGUCCUGAUCUUCCCAGACUUCUCCAGAUAUGAAGGUGAAUUUGUUCAGGGGAAGUUUCAGGGAGCUGGUGUCUUCACCCGCUUUGACGGCAUGAUGUUUGAGGGUGAAUUUAAAGGAGGAUCAGUGGAGGGCCAUGGACUGCUGACAUUUGUGGACGAUGGCCACAGCGGAGGAGUCGAGAGCCAUGAGGGUGUGUUUGAGACCAACCAGCUACUGCGGAGAGAGAGCAACCAUGGAGCUGUUCAGAGGGCACAGGCUGCUGCUGCCAAGGCCCGAGCUCUAUCCAUGUGAUGGGACUACACCGCCCACAGUGCCCCCCCACCCAGAUGCCACGAUCAUUCUCCUACUAACCUCCUCCUAAGUUGUUC